AUGGGAGAUAACAUGUCAAAGCGACUGAAGCUGAUCUCGGCUACAGAGGCAGAGAUGGAGGAGCGCUCUUUUCCAAACCGGUACCCCGACUGGGACCAAGGAGUCUUUACCUCCAACUCCGGCGCAGAUGGAGAUUACAAUGAGCCAUUUGAUGCAGAAGGAAAGGUGAGUGCAGGAUUCCAGAAGAAGGUCCAGAGUAAGAUCAAAGAUCUCCUCCAGCAGAUGGAGGAGGGCCUGAAGACCGCUGACCCCCAUGACUUCUCCACUUACACCGGCUGGACGGGUAUUGCCUUGCUCUACCUGCAACUGCACCGGCUGUCCCUUGAGGCUUCCCACCUGCAGAGGGCACUGGACUAUGUGAAGAGGACCAUGAGGAUCCUGAAUGGCCGCAAAGUGACAUUCCUGUGUGGUGAUGCGGGGCCACUGGCAGUGGGUGCGGUGGUCCACCACAAACUCAACAACACCGGUGACCGCAAAGACUGUCUCUCCAGACUACUCCAGCUGCAAAAGUCAGUGCUGAGUCCAGACUCUGAGAUGCCAGAUGAGCUGCUAUAUGGCCGUGCCGGCUACCUUUAUGCUCUGCUGUACAUUAACAAAGAGAUAGGAGCUGACACGGUGGAUGAGAGCACCAUCACAAAGGUGGUGACAGCUAUCUUGGAAUCAGGGAAGAACAUGUCAGCAGAGCAGAAGAAGACAGAUCGCUGUCCUCUGCUCUAUGAGUGGCACAAAAAGCAGUACAUUGGGGCUGCCCACGGCCUGGCUGGCAUUUAUUACACACUCAUGCAGCCAGGGGCAAAGGUCCAUCCAGACAUAAUAUCAGAGUUGAUUCGUCCCAGCAUCGACUAUGUCCGCCAUAAGAGAUUUCGUUCCGGGAACUUCCCAUCAUCACUGAGCAACGAGAGUGACCGGCUGGUUCACUGGUGCCAUGGAGCACCUGGUGUCAUCCAUAUGCUCAUCAUGGCUCAUAAGGUGUUUAAAGAGGAGAAGUACUUGAAGGAAGCUGCAGAAUGUGCUGAGGUGAUCUGGCAGCGGGGCCUGCUCAGGAAAGGCUACGGUAUCUGCCAUGGCACCACUGGCAAUGGCUACGCCUUCCUGUCCCUUUACAAGAUCACCCAGGACAAGAAAUACCUGUAUCGGGCCUGCAAGUUUGCUGAAUGGUGUUUGGACUACGGCACCCAUGGCUGUCGCAUCCCUGACAGACCCUACUCUCUUUUUGAAGGAAUGGCAGGGGCAAUCUACUAUCUUUCAGAGAUGGCGAAGCCUGAAGCUUCCUGUUUCCCUGCCUUUGAACUUUGACCUGCCAAGUGAUGGAACUGAGGAUGGUGAAGGGGGGCCAGGGACAAACUGUUUUGGAAACUAACUUGAGUCUUUACUCAAACACUGGACAAGGAUGUAUUUGUGGUACAGCUUUCUACCUUGGUCACCAGUGAGUAGUGACCAAAUCAGACUGAAGCUGAAGACGAGACUAGAACUGAGCAGAAUGCAAAUCAAAGAAAUAUCCAUAAAGAUGAAGGGAAAUUUAUUUUUGGACAAAACUACAGGUUAAAUGUUUUAGAUCCAGUGAAAACAAAAGUGGCAAGUGGAUUGAAGAGGACAGUGUUAAUGGAUGUUUCUCUUCUUGAGGAUGGUCACUUUUUUCCUGUGGGGCCUAUCAUAGGAACUCUGUCAAAACCUGUGGGUCCUUCAGCUCUGAGGUCCCCUGUCAUCCUCCUGCAGUCUAUGUUGUUAGGGUAAAACCCUCAGCCUUUAAUAUCGUUGCACCUAGGCCAAGAAAGAGGGUGUGUGUGUGUGUGUGUGUGUGUGUGUGUGUGUGUGUGUGUGUGUGUGUGUGUGUGUGUGUGUGUGUGUGUGUGUGUGUGUGUGUGUUUGUAUGCGUGUGUGAAGUGAACUACAGCUGUUUUAGUAUUUCUAUGCCUCUGCAUGCUCGUAAAUGGGUUUUGGUGCCUCAUAUCCUGUCAACGUAGUGGUUUCCUCUUCCUGUAUUUGUAGCUGUGCUGUUGCAGUUCUCCAGCUAUUUGUCAAAUAGUGGGGAAAAAGUUUCUCAUCUUUUAUUUCAUUAAGAAGUCAAAACUAGCUUUGUACUGCCCUUGUGAACAUGACCAAUGUAACAACUAUAAAGUCGAAUGUUAGAUCUCAGUUAUUAGCUAUUUAAACCCUGUCCCUUUAAAACAUUGACCAUCUGGCACGACCCAUAGUUCUGUUAAGUUUAUACUCCACUUGGACGGGGGAAGCUAAUCAGCCUAGCUUGCUAACAUUAGCACUGAUUCCCACUAGACGUUAAUUUUGGCUCACGUUAUUUCCACAGCUGCUGAGGCAUCAGCAGCUUCUGCACGCUCAGGGUUGUGUUUGUUCCAUACUAUACAAAGGAGGGGAGUCUAGCUAGCAUUAGGUGUCUUCUUUAUGGUUCUAAUUGUCAAAACACACCAACAGGUAGUUCUUUAACCUCAACACUCUGUACGUUAAUCAAAUCACUAACUUGCGAAGUCACAGAGGGAGUGCUGAAAUUCACAGAUCGGGCAAAUGCAAUUUUCAUUAAAUAAGCUUGUACACGAGUCAAAACAAACACAAAGGAUUUUCACAAAGGAAAUUUCUUUGCAAACAUGAUUUUUUUUUGAUAUACUUGACUUUUAAGUAUAAAAGUCAAGUAUAUCAAUCAUAGAUCCAAUUUUCAGCAACUCCUUGAAAAAUGAGAAAUAUACAGUAUAUGGGAUUGAAGUUUUUUGAACAAAGUAACACAGAAACCAUAAUAAGCUCUUUUCCUGAAGCCAAAAGCUAGGUAGCUAGUCAUCUAGGUAGUUAGCUUGGUUAGGUAGUGGUGGUAAGUCACCACUAAGUUUUUUUUUUUUAAUGCCCAGCUGAAAUGUUAAGGCGGAGGAUUUUUUUUCCCACAAUGUGACAAGUAUCUAAUAAAUUGAAAUAAAAGUUAGAGCACUGUGCUCUAGAGGUUUUUACACUGGUUGUUUAGGUACCAGGGAAAAAAGCCUUGUUUUACAUCGACACCAGUCCAAGCUAGCUUGCUAGCUUGAAGCACGCAUUGGCUUUCAGUUAGGUAUCAAUACAAAUAAAAUAAAUAAUUAGGUUGUAGGUAUUGCCACACAUGCAUUUGGGUACAACAUAUUAUGACACUUGAUGGUUUAAAUAAUUUAAGGAGGAAAGGAAAUGGCCUAAAAUUUAUUUUUUUAAAAGAUGUCUGCUUUUGUCAGUUUAAGUACACAGGAGUUGGUACUGGCCUUAAACUUUCCAUACCACAAUAUGUGCAAAUCCUGUUUUGUUUCUCAACUAUCCUUCACUUUAGUUUCUUACUUUACCUAUAACCUUCUACUGUUUUGAUGUACGUAAACAACUGUACAUAGACAGUACAUAGACACCUGUCUGGUGCACAUUCAUGAGGUUUUUGAAGAGAAAUGGAACCAAGCAUGGAGGUGUUGAAGCAUACUGGCCUAAAUGUAUCAUUUGGUUAAGAUUAGGAGGCGGAAACCUGAUAGUGAGAGCUACACAUGUAGAAGUUUAAUUAAACCUAAUUGGUCAAAUUGAGUAGUUUUUUACUGUCAGCACGUGACGUUUGCAUUAUCAGCUUAGGCAGUUAUCCCCCCAACAUAACUAUUUUGUGUACUAUCUAUGAGCAAGACAGGGUGCAGGGUGAUGCUACCAUUAUAAUUAAAAUAUAAUAGUAUAUUAAUAAAACUCAAACCACUGGAACAUUAUCUAAAGCAUUAUUUUAAGCUUUAACUUAAAACUCACCCAGUUUCUAAAUGUAUUUUACUAGCAGACACGAUUAAAUCCACCUCAACAAACUAAAAGUAUAAUUGGUUUGCACUUGUAUUUUUUGGUUGUUUUUAAAGCAAUAUGGCAUUAAAGUUGAAUAGCAAUUAAAUUGGGUUAUUACUUUUAGUAUAAUUUUUUUUUUUUUUUUCCCAUCAGUCUACUCACAUUAGGUGGUUCAUUCGGUUUAGUUUAAUCAGAGCACCAUAUGUUACUUUUAGACAAAACUAUAAUACAGCACUGUGCAUAGAUGGUUGCCAUGGUUUGUGUGGUAUCAACAUGGAGUUGAAAUGAUGCCUGUACAGUAUAUCCAGUACUUCCGACAGCAUAUGAAUGCACAUAAAUUGCCUAAUUCUCUUGCAGAGAUCUCAUCAUGAAUGUCAUUGCAUGAGGAUAACGUCACAUGUAAAACUAUGUGUGUUCAUCUGUUAGUGUGUUUCCAGGUUCAUUAGUCCGUUUUAAUGUGUUUGGUAGUUAUUUAUGUCCUGGUCCAAGCAACCGGGACUCUGGACAUUAGUAGAGAUAUGUUAAGUGUUUGACCUUUGUCCCUGUCUGUGUAUUUUUGAUUUGACUCAGCCUAAUUGGUGUCAAGAUAUGAAUAUGUGUGUUUAUUUUUCCUCAUUAAACUCCUGGGAUCCAAUAGAGAGCAGUGACAAAUAAGAUGUCUUAAUUGCUCUUCUUCUCGUGCUUUUUGGCUCAAACAGUGCUUACAAAUGUCAAGUGAGAGAAUUCAUGCAAGGUACAGCAUUGUUGGAAAUAAAAUGAAUAAAAAUC